AUGGUCGAGCUGUUUUUUGAGGCGAUGGCAUGUUUAUCGAUCAAAGAUUUGGGCGAGGUUCGCAAGCUUCUCGGCAUGCGAGUUAGUUUGGAGGACGAAAAGACGUGCACAGUGGAUCAACAAGCGACUAUUGAAGAAAUGCUUGAGAGUCAUGGUUUGAAGGAGGCGAAUGGUGUUCGUGCGCCUAUCAGUGAAGAAGCUAAUGAAGUUGAAAAAGACCCUGUGUUACUGACAACGGUACCGAGACAAAGAGGUGAACGAACGAUUCGCAAUUUUCAGUCGCUUGUGGGGAGCUUACUUUGGAUUGCAAGAUGUUCACGUCCGGAUAUCAGCUUUGCAGUUCACAAGGCCACGCGGCGCACUCACCAACCUACUAUAAGUGACUGGAAGCUGACAAAGAGAGUCGUAAGAUACUUAAAAGAGACCAAGAACCUCAAGCUCAAGAUGAUUGUUUCCAGAAAUGAAGGAAACAAGAUCAAUUUGGCGAGUUGGAGCGACUCGGACUAUGCGGCUGAUAAGGUGGACCGUAAGUCUGUCACAGGCGGAGUUUUAACUAUGGACGGUGCUAUUGUGCAGUAG